GAUCUGCCCAGGGAUCCCACGCAGAGCCAGCAGCGGGAGCCGCAGUUGCAGCCCCGGAGCAGCGCCGGGAGCGCGGCCGGAGCGUCGUGGGCUCCCGAACGCCAUGGCCGAGUUCCCGUCGAAAGUUAGCACGAGGACCAGCAGCCCCGCGCAGGGCGUGGGAGCGUCGGUGUCUGCGCUGCGCCCGGACCUGGGCUUCGUGCGCUCCGCCCUCGGGGUGCUUGCGCUACUGCAGCUGGUGCUGGGUUUGUUGGUAUGGGCCCUGAUUGCUGAUACGCCGUACCACCUGUACCCUGCCUAUGGCUGGGUCAUGUUUGUCGCUGUCUUCCUCUGGCUGUUGACAAUCGUCUUCUUCAUCAUCUACCUGUUUCAGCUGCACAUGAAGUUGUACAUGGUGCCCUGGCCAUUGGUGUUGAUGGUCUUCUUCGUCGCCGCCACGGUUCUCUAUAUUACUGCCUUUAUCACUUGUGCCUCAGCGGUUGAUCUGACGUCGCUCAAGGGCUCCCGGCCGUAUAACCAGCGCUCGGCUGCCUCUUUUUUUGCUUGCCUGGUGAUGAUUGCCUAUGGAGUGAGUGCUUUCUUCAGCUUCCAGGCCUGGCGAGGAGUGGGCAGCAACGCGGCUACAAGUCAGAUGGCCGGGGGCUACUCUUAGACCAGCCAUGCUAUGGCCUGAGCUGCGGCUGGGUCUUAGCACAGGGUCACCCCCAAUCUUACUAGACUCAAGCUCUCCAGUACCCCCGAGGAACAGGCCCAAGCAGGCACAGAAGGGCUGCCAAGAACCAGCAGUGGGGACAUCCUCCCCACCCCCCUUAUUCAGCAGAAAGUGAUGGGGGAUGUGGGCUCUCAUGGCUCUGCCUUGCCACCAGAGGACUUCAGUAUCCCAGGCUGGGCCACCCUUCUCACCCAGCACUAAAUGCACUAACAGACCUUCAGCCUCCAACCUGCCACAGUAUAAGCCUAACAAGCGACAGAUUGUCUUUGUUGCCGGAGAAGCUAAGUGAGCCCACAGGCUGUUCUGGUCCCAGCUUCCCUGCUCCUGCCCCAAGCCAACAUGUCACCGGUAGAGGGACUUUCAUAGGAACAGUUGGGAUUUCAGACUGGACUCUUUCAGUUGGUCUCAGGCAAUUUCCAAUGGUGGUGAGCCUUGCCCUGUUCUCCCUCUUUGGAAAAGCUAGCAGUAGUGCAGGGUGCUGCUCCGGGCUGUUGAUUAGGCACAGGGGACUUCAAGGAGGGGGAGGAGGAAGCAGGGCCUUCUCUGGUGAGUUGUCACGGGGUUGGUGGAGACUCUUGUUUGGAAUUACUAUUUUUUACAAUUUAAAUAAAAAUUGUCUGUUUGGAAAGGU